UGCCGUGCCGUGCCGUGCCGUACCGGCGGCAUGGGCUGGGUGCCGGCGCAGGGGAGGCUGGCGGCGGGGCUGCUGGUGAACCUGGCCGCUUCCAUCUGCAUCGUCUUCUUGAACAAGUGGCUGUACGUGCGGCUGGGCUUCCCCAACCUCAGCCUGACGCUGGUGCACUUCGCCAUUACCUGGCUCGGCCUCUACCUCUGCCAGGCGCUCGGCGCCUUCGCCCCCAAGAGCCUGCGGGCCGCCCAGGUGCUGCCGCUGGCGCUCAGCUUCUGCGGCUUCGUCGUCUUCACCAACCUCUCGCUGCAGAGCAACACCAUCGGCACCUAUCAGCUGGCCAAGGCCAUGACCACGCCGGUCAUCGUGCUCAUCCAGAGCCUGGCCUACGGCAAGAGCUUCCCGCUCCGCAUCAAGCUCACCCUGGUGCCCAUCACGCUCGGCGUCUUCCUCAACUCCUACUACGAUGUGAAGUUCAGCGCCCUCGGCACGGUGUUCGCCACGCUGGGCGUCCUGGUCACCUCUCUCUAUCAAGUGUGGGUCGGAGCAAAGCAGCAUGAAUUGCAGGUAAACUCCAUGCAGUUGCUGUACUAUCAGGCACCCAUGUCCUUGGCCAUGCUGCUGUUCAUCAUUCCCUUCUUUGAACCAGUCUUUGGAGAAGGGGGCAUAUUUGGGCCCUGGACGCUUUCUGCCGUGAUAAUGGUACUGCUGUCUGGUGUGAUAGCCUUUAUGGUAAACUUGUCCAUUUACUGGAUCAUUGGGAACACAUCGCCUGUCACAUACAACAUGUUCGGACACUUCAAGUUCUGCAUCACCCUGCUGGGAGGGUGCCUCUUGUUUAAGGACCCCCUGUCUGUUAACCAAGGCCUUGGCAUUCUGUGCACGUUGUUUGGCAUCUUAGCCUACACGCACUUCAAGCUUAGCGAGCAGGAAAGCAGUAAGAGUAAAUUGGUUCAGCGUCCAUAAAGCAGGGCUUUCUGGGGCUUAGUAAUGUUAUGUUGUGAGGGACAACGAGUACUUAAAUCUGCAUUGAUUCUAGAAUGCACAGAAUUGCCUCAUUCAUUUAGAACGGUGGCUUUAAUUUUACUGCCAGGAUGGUUAUUCUGUAACUAAAGCAAACAAACUGAAUGAUGUGAAAUGUCAGGGUUCUCCUAUCUCACUCUGUCCGAUCGUUUUCAUUACAUUUAAGUGGUAACUUAACAAAGAACCUGGCACGCUUCAAAUUGCUGUGGAAAUGUUACUGCAAUCAUUGUAUUUUUUGCAUACCAAAUGAGAUGGUGGUGGCUGCUGUUAUGAGACAGAGAAAUAAUGUCACAUUUGCGAUCAUGCCUGUAUUGUGAUCUGAAGAAACUUGGAGGCACUGUAAUGCACAUGUUCUGGCUCCUGGCGAUGCUUCCUCCCUUUUGUCUGGUAGGUGACAGAGAGGAAAUCUCCCACGUUUUGUUGUUGUAAAGAGGGCUCUGAGCUCAUUCCUAUUUCUUGUAUGCUUGACUUGAAUGCGCUGACAAAUGAGGGGAGACGCUGGAAAACUUGAAGCCCCAGGCCAAGCUGUAGAUAAACAUGAAGAGAGAUCUAAACAGCUAUCUUCAGUUUUUCUUCUAACCUGUCAGGGAGUCAGCUCAUUCAUUAGUGUUUUUAGAAAAUACCGCUUCAUGACUUUCUCUUUGCCAAAACAAGGCUUGAGGUGAGAUGGCGAGCCUGCUAGGAUCCCUGAUUUCGUGGUGGUCGCCAAAUGCUUUGCAGCACAUGCAGGUGAGCAGCCGUGCUCAGAAUACCCGUGGAGGAACAUGGAGAAGGGUCACUGAGCGCGGUGAGAUGCAGCCUGGGGAUGCGGGCCCUGAAGCGCACUGAUGCGGCUGGAGGGCGUGAUUUGGGAUUGGUGGCUCUGUGCUAAUUCAGGAACGCUUUGCCAACGACUUUGUGCCAGUACCAAGCGCUGAUGUGACAGCAUGGGAGGAAGAAGUUGAGUACUGUUCUAUUUUAAAUACGACAUAAAAAAUAAAUGCGCUCAGUAAAUCUGGUGAAAGCAUAUGUUCUCUAGAUUUGUGAGGUUAGAAUUGAUUUGCAGUAUCUUCUUACAUCUUGGGCUUUAUUUCGUCUUCAUCUACCUCUAGCAGAUUUAAAGAGGGGAAUUACAUGAACACAAACAGGUAUGGACGUUUACAACUGUGGACAAAAAUAUGUCAUUCCUAGGAGCUAGGUCUUUGUGUAAGAAACAACAUACAUCUUCUGAAGAGUAGAAAUUACUUAUUCUGUUACACAGUUCUCCAUUUUAGAAAGAAAUAUUACUCUGUGUAACCUGAAUUGCACUGCAACACUCUGUAACAUUUCAGAGUUAGAAAUACCUGGAUAACUUUACACCUCUACUCUUUCUUAGACAUUGUUCUGGUCCAAGGAUAAAUUUUUGUAUACGUUUUUGUAAUUCUAUAAUUAGUUUUAAAAUGGAGCCUCGACUGCUGAGAGAGGUGUUCAGGACAGUCUCUAGAUGCACAUCUUUCAGUAAGUGCUCUGAGAAAGCCAUUUGCAUUAAUUUGUGCUGUGCACAAGUUCUUCUAAAAUGUAGACAGGCCAUAAAGAUUCCUACAGUUUGGGAACGGCGACUGAAUUAGAAGUCUGUAUGACAGCAGCGUGUGAGAUGGGACUGAUGUACACAUAAAGUGGCAGAAUGAACAGAACAAAAUGCCUGCAAAGACAAAAGACUCUGUAGGGACAGGAGCAGAUCCACAGGAGAAAGCGAGUGGUAUUGUGUAAAAUGGAACUUUACUAAUACAGACUGAUUGUGGGACAUGUCAGUGAAGUCAGUCACCUAUGUGACGUGAUUGUUUCCGUAUGUUCAGGAACUCUCCCGUGAGAUGUACCUAUUGUCCCUAACUAAUAAAGUAUCUUGAACUACUUUUGCCAUAUAAUUCAAAAUGUUAACUGUGGGAAGCUUGUGUAAUUGCUGGGUAAGUGAUCUCUUUAUAUGUAUUGUUUCUUUGGAUGCCAUGUGUAAGGUGGAAAUAAAUUUUUUAACGCUUGACUGAUCCCUGCA